AUGUUUUUCUGUAAAGAACUGAAACUACUCUAUGCCACUGUCGUCCUAUUGCUCGAAGCGGAGUUGUUAGUGAACACGGGUGCCAUGGAGUCGAAAAGGUCUUCCAUAUUGGUCGCACAGAAUGCUGACGAUUUGAAAUCGUUGGAUCUGUGCACUUCGAGGAAUCAGCAAAGGCUGGGAAGCGUUUUGUGUUCAUUAUUAAUUGCCAAGCCACUGACUAUACCGUGGCGUAAAUUGAUGUUCCUUUCAUGUUAUGCUAACUACACUACCAAAUCUUUCGCUGGUCACAGGAGAAGAACCACUACGUCAACAACUCAAACAACGCUCGUCUACACAACAGUUGAAAAUGACGAUGACCCAACAGAAGCUCUCCAAACAACUACAGAUUAUGUUAUCAGUACUCAUGGAAUUCACCCGAAACUACCAAAACCUCUUCGUUUAUCAGCAGCACUGUUAAAUAAUGAUUAUGAUCAAGAUGUACAUAGUAUAGAUAAUAUUCUUGAUAAAGUUCAUGAAAUAGUAGGUAGAGAAAAAUAUCACACUAGACAUAGACUAGACAGAGAGAUAGUGAAAGGAUUAGAUGAGAACUCAAUGUCAAAGUCUAUGAAUAAAGUUAAGAAAAUGUAUAGAGAUUCAGCAAGUUCUGUUGCUAAUAAAUUAAGUGGUAAAGGUGGAAAGAAUGGUAUAUUUUUGACUGAAAAUUGUACAACAGUUAUAGCUCAAAUAGGCACUACAGCUAUUCUACACUGUGAAGUUAGUGAUAUCACAGAAAAUACGGUGACAUGGAUAAGAAAGAAAGACUACUCACUUCUGUCAGUCGGUCUCGUAACAUAUAGUGCUGAUAGCAGAUUCUUCUCUGCUCACGGAAGACAUGUCAAGGUAAAUAUUGUAAUAUUUCAAAAAAUAUAUCAUAACAUAUAG